AUGGAAGGGGAGAAACCACACAAGGCUCACAAUCCCGGCAAGGCUGGUAAAAAGGCCGAGCGUAAGAAGGCGAUUGAAGAAAAGAAGAAGAAAAAGAGCAACAAUCCAAAGGCUUUUACAUUCGCUAGUGCCGGCAGAGCCGAACGAUCAGCACGUCGCAAUUUCGAUCUCGGUGAAAAGAAGCUCCAUGUGCCAUUGGUGGAUCGAUCGCCCAUUGAAGCACCACCUGUAGUUGUUGCAGUCGUUGGACCACCUGGAUGCGGCAAAUCGACAUUGAUCAAAUCGCUUGUCAAACGAUACACCAAACACAACCUUGCAGAGAUCAAAGGUCCCAUCACCGUUGUCAGCGGCAAAAAGCGACGAUUGACGUUUAUCGAAUGCAACAACGAUAUCAACUCGAUGAUUGAUGUGGCUAAAGUGGUUGAUUUGGUCCUUUUGAUGAUUGACGCUAGUUUUGGUUUUGAAAUGGAAACCUUUGAAUUCCUCAACAUUCUUCAAGCACACGGUUUUCCCAAGGUGAUGGGUGUUUUGACGCAUCUUGACAAGUUCAGAAACAACAAAAAGCUACGAGCCACCAAGAAGCGACUCAAGCAUCGUUUUUGGACCGAGAUUUAUCAAGGAGCCAAGCUAUUCUACUUGUCAGGUGUCAUCAACGGUCGAUAUCCCAAUCAAGAAGUGCAGAAUUUGUCUCGAUUUAUCUCUGUCAUGAAAUUCAGACCCCUCAUUUGGCGCAAUACACAUCCUUACGUCGUUGCCGAUCGUGUGGAAGACUUGACAGAUCCAGAGUUGAUUCAUUCCAAACCCAACUGUGAUCGCACAGUAACAUUGUACGGCUAUCUACGAGGCACCAACUUGAAACCCAACAUGCGUAUUCAUAUUCCUGGUGCUGGUGAUCACACUUUGGCGGACGUUUCAGUGUUACCCGAUCCAUGCGCUUUGCCUGACAAGGAGCGCAAACGUCUUGAUGAAAAGCACAAGUUGAUUUAUGCUCCCAUGUCCGAUGUGGGAGGUGUCAUGUAUGACAAGGAUGCUGUGUAUAUCAAUGUACCUGGUCACUUUACCAAGAAAUCAGCAUUGGCACCUGCUGAACGUCAAGAAGGAGCCGAAGAAGAACAUGAUGAUACACCAGCUGGUCCUGGAGAGAAAAUGGUGAUGGAUCUUCAAGAUGCUCAAGACACUUUGGCUGCUCGUCUUGCCGACUCUGAGUUGCGUAUCUUUUCUGGUUCGGCUCCUAUGCGAUCAGGUGAUGUCCCAAGUGAUCAAGAAGACAAUGAAGGCAUCACUGAAUCGCUAGAACAAGAUGACACGGGUCGUACAAGAAGACGUGCUGUCUUUGGAGAUGAGGAUGAGGAUGAGGAUAUGGAUGAGGAUGACGACGAGGAUGAAGAUAGCGAUCAAGAAAUGUUGGACAGCGAUCAGGAAAUGGAUGAUGACGAGGAUGAUGAUGAAGUCCCUACUCGUGGUCGCGCUCUCACAAAGUUUGAUACACGCAACAUCCCUCGCAAAGGUGACAAAGAGGAUAAGGAGGAGCGUGACAAUGGCCAGGAUGUCCAGUUUGCAGACAGCGACAGUGAUCUCGGAUUCGAUGAUGAGGAUGAUCAAGAGGAUAUGGUCAACAUUGAUGGUCGCCAAAAGAAUGAUGACGAUGACGACGACGACCAAUUGGCUGGUGAAUUACGGUGGAAAGCCAAUCUCAAGGAAAAAGCCAGCGCCAUGUUUAAUGCAACACGCCGUGUCAAUCUCAUGUCACUUAUCUACGACAAGACCGACAUUUCACCUGAAGAUAUUGCUAGCGGCAAUUACAACCAAGAUGAUCAAGAGAAUGAUGAUAACGAUAACGAAGAUGAGGAAUUCUUCACUUUGAAACGUGAAGCCGCUGAUGAAGCAUCUGAAACUGUGGAUACCAGUCGCGAGCAAAUCAAGAUGGAUGAUUUAGAAAUCUGGGGAGAUGAUGAUCAUUUGGAUACGAUCCGUUAUCGUUUCAUUACUGGUCAACAAACGAAUGGUGAAGGUGAAGAGGGCGAAGAAAAGGGCGAAGACGAAGAGGAUGAGGAAGAGGAAGAAGUCUAUGGUGAUUUCGAAGACUUGGAAGAUGAGAAUGCAAGUGGCAAGGAGGAUGCCGAUGAAAAUGACCAGGAAGAGGAUUCAGUGGAAGCCGAGCGUGAGCGUAUUGCCAAACGAAAGGAAGAGCUCAAGAGGAAAUUCGAGGAAGAAUAUGAAGAAGAUGAGGAGCCUCAGAUGGACUUUUACGAACAGCGAAAGGCUGAGAUUGAUCGUCAACUCAAGAUGAAUGUUGCUGAAUUUGAGGAUGAUGAUCCACACACACGUGCUCUUGUGGAAGGUCAUCGACCAGGCACCUAUGUACGUUUGCUCAUCAAGGACAUGCCAUGUGAAUUCAUUCAACACUUCGAUCCCACUUAUCCUGUCCUCGUUGGUGGUUUGUUAACCUCUGAAGAUCAAUUUGGCAUUGUCCAAGUCAGAAUUAAGCGUCAUCGAUGGCAUCGCAAGAUCCUCAAGACCAAUGAUCCUCUCAUUUUCUCUAUGGGUUGGCGUCGUUUCCAGAGCAUCCCCAUUUACUCUCUCAAUGAUGGCACACGUAAUCGCAUGUUGAAAUACACACCGGAGCAUAUGCAUUGUCUGGCAACCUUUUAUGGUCCUGUACAUACUCCCAACACUGGCUUUUGCGCUGUCAACUCUGUAUCUGACAACAAAUCGGCAUCCUUCCGGAUAAGUGCUACUGGUGUGGUUGUUGAUAUCAGUAAAACAGCCGAGAUUGUCAAGAAGCUCAAAUUGACUGGUGUUCCUGCCAAGGUCUUCAAAAACACUGCAUUUAUCAAGGACAUGUUUACAUCUGCAUUGGAAGUUGCCAAAUUUGAAGGUGCUACCAUCAGGACAGUAUCUGGUAUUCGUGGUCAAAUUAAAAAGGCUUUGCCGAAACCUGAAGGCCAAUUCCGUGCUACUUUUGAAGAUAAGGUGCUCAUGAGUGACAUCGUGUUCCUGAGAGCAUGGUACCCUGUCAAGCCUCGCAAAUACUACAACCCUGUUACUUCAUUACUUUUAUCUUCCAAGACUGAAUGGCGUGGUAUGCGUUUGACAGGCGAGGUUCGUCGUGAGCUCAACAUGCACGCACCACAAAACAUCGACUCUGUAUAUAAGCCUAUCGAGCGUAAGACGCGACGAUUCAACACACUCAAGAUCCCCAAGGCUCUUCAGGCUGAAUUGCCUUUCUCAUCCAAACCCAAGCAAUUGAGGGCUCAACGCAAACAAACAUAUGCUGCCAAGCGUGCUGUUCUAUUAGAGCCUGAGGAGAAGAAGGUCUAUACCAUGAUGCAGCAGCUCAACUCACUUCGCAAAGACAAGGAGCGUAAACGUAAAGCUAAGGAUAUGGAGCGCCGUGCAGAGAAUAUCAAAAAGAAGGCCAAACUCGAGGCUGAGCAGCUUGAAAAGGAUAAGGCACGGAGGAAGGAGUACUUCAGAAAGGAACAAAGAAAUAGCAAAUCAAGUGCAUAA